AGAUAUAUAUUUCAUACAUCUAGUACUCUAUUCUACAGAUAUUCUAAAUCUAAAAGUCAAAAAAGCCCAACCGAGAGUUUUGAUCGCACUGUUUAUACUUUAUACAAACACAAAGAAGUGCGUAUUAUAAAAAUAAAAAUUUUGCCCGAAUUGAUAUAUUAAAAUAAAAUGGCUUGGCGUUCAGUUGGUGUAAAUAAUGCCGACUUAAUUCGUCAAUUAAGAGAAUAUGGAGUAAUCAAAACUGAGGCUGUGGCAAAUGCGAUGUUAGCAACAGAUAGAAAAUGGUAUUCUCCAAGAAAUCCAUAUGUUGAUGCACCACAAGGAAUUGGAUGUGGCGUUACUAUUAGCGCUCCUCAUAUGCAUGCAUAUGCUUUAGAACUUUUAAAAGACCGUUUGAAACCAGGCUCCCGUGUAUUAGAUGUUGGUUCGGGAUCUGGAUAUCUAACAGCAUGCUUUCUUAGAUACUUGAAUGCUAUUGGAGAUACAGAGGGAAAAGUUAUAGGCAUCGAACAUCAACCAAACCUAGUCAAUUUAAGCAAAGAAAAUAUAAAUAAUGAUGAUCCAAAUCUUUUAGCAUCAGGUAGAUUAAUCAUUGUGGAAGGCGAUGGUAGAAAAGGUUGUCCAGAAUAUGCUCCUUAUGACGCAAUUCAUGUUGGUGCUGCUGCACCAUCAACUCCAAAUCAUUUAAUAGAUCAGUUGAAAAACGGUGGUCGUUUAAUAGUACCUGUAGGUCCAGAAGGUGGAUCACAAAAUUUAGAACAGUAUGAUAAAGAUAAUGCAGGAAAUGUGGUUAAUACAACAUUGAUGGGAGUUAUGUAUGUUCCUUUAACUGAUUUACGUAGAUCUUGACUUUGGUUAGCAGCGAAAAUUAUUUUGGUACUGUUUUUAUUAACAAUAACUGGUUAUAAAGUAUAUAAAAAUUUUAUGUCUUAUUAAAUAUAAUUUUAUUUUCAUAUUUUUAAUUUUAGAAAUAUAAAUUAUUGCAAAUGUAUUAUUUUAAUUAUUUAUUCAAUAAAAAUAAAAUGCGC